CAUUCGAAAAAUGUUGUAUGAUAUUUGUGCAGUGUAUCAGGCAACAGGCCCUGCAGCAAAACUUCUUUACCAAAAGGAGCAUUUAAAGGAGUCAAAGAAACCAAGACAACUCAUGAAUUAUGCUAGUGGGAAGUGGAAUCCACUUCUAUAUCCUUCUUCUCCCAGUUUUGGAGCGUCUAGUGAUCGUCAAAGGUUAAAACUUGGCAGUCGACAGCGUUGUCGGACUGAAGUUUUGAGUUUUGACGGUAGCAUUCUUAGAGCAUAUGCCGUAACUCCUGUCAAUGAAGUUGCCACAAGACCUGUUGAUGAUUCCACCACAACCACCACAACAAAAGUUGACCCUGAUGAAUCUGACAGCAAUGAAGUAAUCCUUCCCGGUGUGAACCUUAUUUUUGAUGGUGCUCAGUUGCAUCCCUUUGAUAUAGCUGGUUGCCUGCAGGCUCGCCAGCCAAUUUCUUUAAUAGCAGAGGCAGCUGCAGCUUCCUCAUCUUUUACAAUUAAAUAGGUCUUAUGAAUAUGAGAAAUGUGGAUUGAAUAUUUUG